AUAGUCGGAGGUUUUAAUUUGGAACUACUAUUAAGUUGCGCAAAUGAACCACGGACGUUUGACGUUUUAACAUAACCUCAAUUUUAACAUCAACAAAACUUGUUCUGUGAUAACAAUUUUUUUAGUAACAUGUCUCUGACAAGGCACGAGAGUAUUUUAACAGGAAUUUUGUUCCUCCCCUGUGUUUAUAUGUUCAAGAAACUUUACACAACAUACAAGUCUUUAAAAAGGCAAUAUGAGGAAGAAGAGCUUUUUUACGAAAGACACAACUGUGUUGUUAUGUACUCCAAGACGCACAUUACUGGCUGGCCCCCCGAAUAUAAAAUAAGUAUUUUGACGAAAAAUUUGGACAAGUUUUUGGAGCCUUAUUUGUAUUUUAUAAAUACAUCAAAACACAGUAUAGACCUAGCGGUGAUGACCCUUGCAAUAAAUUCUAUAAUGGAGGCUUUACAAAAUGCCUUAAAACGUGGGGUAAAAGUGAGAUUGAUCGUGAAUUUUUUAUCUAUCAAAAGUCAAGCCAAAAGAUACAAUGAAUUAAUUAAAUCAGGGAUUAAAGUGGCCUUUUUUAUCGGAAAAAGUACUAAUUUCAUUAAUAUUAUGCACUUUAAAUAUAUCGUUAAAGAUUAUGAUGGCACUGAUGGGUUCUUAUGUAUGGGUUCAAUGAAUUUAACUGGAAUGUCGACAUUAUUAAAUAAUUAUGAAGAUGUUACUUUUACUUCAAGUAUUUGUCUCGUUGAAGCUUUUCAUAAGAAUUUUCAAGAGUCGUGGAAUAUGAUAAUGGAAGAUAAUGAAAAUAUUUACAACAAGACUGUACUAGCUGAUAAUGGUUUUUCCUUGUGAAAUUUAAUCCUUACAAUUAUCAUAUUUGGAACCUGUUUUUUUUCUUCUAUUAUUUUAGAAUUUUUCUUUUUUGUUUAACUCACACUCAUAAAAUAAAAGACUUACUUUGUUAUGUUACAAAUAUAAAUAAACUGUU